AUGGCAAUCGGCGAACCACUUCCGGACUCGUCAUCGAUGGUCAACAGCACGGGACGCGGCUUCUGUCCCGCGCUGAAGCGGUGGUUAGCGAUGAGUUUGGACCAAAACUACGACAAUUGUCUCAUCCGUUCCCACAGAACGACAUCCAGAAGUGACUUCAUCUUCUAUGCGGACCGACUCGUGAGUAAACUCUUGGAUCCGUUUGGUUGUGGAGGAAGGGCUGAAUCAGUUGCCAUCGAAGGCCAUCGACGUGCGGACGCCUACGGGUGCCAUAUAUCACAUCUGGAGUACAUCAAGAAGAGUAUCUGCGGCGUGAGUAUUGUCCGCAGCGGCGAAGCCAUGGAAAAGGGUUUAAGAGAUUGUUGUCAAUCGAUACGAAAGCCGUUUUAUGACUAGGUUAGCCUACUCAAGUGAGUGCUCCGCGCACAGCACAUGCGGUUGAUCCCCGAAGACCUACAGGAGCGCAAAGUGCUGCUCAUGUAUCCCAUUAUGAGCACCGGGAACACUGUGGUGAAGGCCGUCAAAGUGCUUAUGGAUCAGGGCGUCAAACCCAAGAGUAUUAUUCUGUUGAACCUCUUCUGCACACCUAAUGCCGUCGCAUCGGUGGCCAAAACUUUCCCAUUGAUGACGAUAUUGACCUCUGAAGUGAAUCCUGUGGCGCCCAACCAUUUCGGACAGAAAUACUUUGGAACUGAUUAGUGAUCAGUCAUUUAUGGCCAGAUUAUGGCUUAGAUUUUCGAGUUUUAUCAUAAUUUUUAUAUUUGUUUUGAAUGAAAAGUAUUACAAUUGAAAUAUAUUUACAUUUUACC